GUAUUCACACAUGACAAGGAUGAGGAUUGAAAGAGCCUCCUCAUCCCCUCAGGGACCUGGAGUUCCUACAAGGGAUGUUCUGAUGUGAGAACAGGAAAAGAGUGCAUUCCCAACUUACUUUUUUCCAUCAUCUGCAAAAUCUUCCUCCUUGACCCUGAUUAGGUCUUGUGUGCAGCUGUUACAUAUAAUGUUAUGGGGUAGAGCUCAUCCACCUUAGCCUCAGCAUUGUCUGAUCUCACCCCAUGUUUCAUGUUGUUCUUGCUAUUUUCUCUAGAGAGAGAAAGGGAGAGGGAAGUUUACAGCAUGGGGGCUCUACUUCCUUUUGUGGGAAUGGUGCUGCGAAUUCUUGCUCAAGUUAGCAAUAUGGUGGUAUGCAAAGCAGCCAUGUCUGGAGGACUGAACCAAUAUAUUCUUAUACUCUACUCCAAUGCCCUUGCAACCCUCAUUUUUCUUUCUUGUUCUUUCUUAUUCCAUAGAACAGCGUGUCCAUCCAUCACCCUCUCCAUUCUCUGGAGAAUAUUCUUGCUAGCCUUGAUUGGAACUGCUUCCCAGAUAUGUGGAUUUGUUGGUAUCAAGUACAGCUCUCCAGCACUUGGAGCAGCUAUGUUUAACCUUGUUCCAGCUUUUACUUUCAUGCUUUCCAUCAUUUUCAGACUGGAGAAGCAACAGCAGCCGAGCAAAGGCUCUGGAACCUUGGUAUCAAACAUAGGCGCAUUUCUUGUGACACUGAAGCUCUUACAGGAUCAGCAUGGUACAGGCAUUCCUCCUCGUGGAGUUCCCUGCACUAUUUAUUGUAAUGUUUUACCAAGCUUUCUUUGGUCUGAUUCUGAAUGGAGCAUAUUCUCUUGCACUGGUUAAAGACUCAAGUGCUUGGAAGCUAAAACUGAGUAUGGGGUUAUUAGCUGUUUUCUACUCAUUUGAUUGGUUCAAUCAUAAUUGUGAUUGGAUUUUACCCUGUGAUGUGGGAAAAAGCUAAAGAAAAGAAAAUAAGCAAAGAGGAUGAUGUAGUGACAUUCGAGUCAUCAAGUGAAAAGGUUCCUUUGUUGCGAAACAAAGCAGAAGAUGUAAUGAAUUCUGCAUAGAGACUCAGGCUCUUCAGCUACAUGAGUAAGAAAACCAAUAAGUUCACCCAGGAAAUUAGUGCAAAGCUACCAGAAAACAGUUCCUGCGUUUUCCUGAUUUGUUGAGCCUGCUCAGUGAGAUUGCCAUCUCGUAGUUACUUCAAUUUUAUUCUGUUUGCUGAGAAAAAUUUAUCCCAGUGAUUUGCAUUACAUUCUGGUAAAGUUUCUUUUACUGUCAUCAGUCUUGAAACGAAAACAAACCAAGCUGAUAUUUGGACAAAAGACAUACAAUACAGUAUUUUGAUACCAUAGUCAUGAAAGAAAAAAGAAAGGAAAAGAAAUGGCACCAAUUGUGCAAGGGCAGGCUUUUGUUGAGUCUCCCACUCCCUCCUCAGUUCUCUUGAGAUUCUUCUCGCUGGUCUUUGUUGGGUCUAUAGGAUGCUUUAACCUGUAAUUCAUCUUGUGUGCAUGGUGCCUAAGUAAAGCAGGACCUCUCUAUGUUUCCAUGGUCAAGCCAUUGGCUAUUAUUUUUGCUGUUGUCAUGGGAGUUUUUUUUCUAGGGAGAUGCUCUUUAUCUUAUAAGCAUGAUUGUUGCAAUCGUAACUGUGACUGGAUUUUAUACUGUCAUGUGGCAGAAAGCCAAUGAAGAAGAGAAGUCAAGGGAGGAAAAUGGGCUGGGAAUUUGGAAUCAAGUCAGAAGGUUUCUUUGUUGCAAAUCAAAGUAAUGAUGUAAGUAAUUCUGUGUAGGGACUCAGAGACUCCACGCUUAAGUUUGUUAGAAAACCAAGAAAUCAACCUUGAAAUUAUGUAAUGCUAUGAGAAAAUUGUUCCAGCAUUCUCUAAGUACUGGCUGUUAUUGAUUGUGUAAGUGCUGAGUGGAUAGCCUAGAAAUAUUAAAUUACAAUCCUGUUU